UUUUUUCUUUCAUUUUUAAGCAAAUCUUUUUCUUACAGGUAGCAGUAGCUGAUGUGGAAUUUGGCCCCAUGAGAUUUCAUCCACAUCAACUCCAGGUACUUUUAGUGUUUACCAAAGAAGAUAACCAGUGUAAUGGAUUCUGUAGGGCAUGUGAAAAAGCAGGGUUUAAAUGUACAGUUACCAAGGAGGCUCAGGCUGUCCUUGCCUGUUUCCUGGACAAACAUCAUGACAUCAUCAUCAUAGACCACAGAAAUCCCCGACAGCUGGAUGCAGAGGCGCUGUGCAGGUCUAUCAGAUCAUCAGAACUCUCAGAAAAUACAGUUAUUAUUGGUGUAGUACGCAGGGUGGAUAGAGAAGAAUCACCUGUAAUGCCCCUCAUUGCUGCUGGCUUUACAAGAAGGUAUAUAGAAAACCCCAGCCUCAUGGCCUGUUAUAACGAACUGCUCCAGCUGGAGUUUGGAGAGGUGCGAUCGCAGCUGAAACUCAGGGCUUGUAACUCAAUAUUCACUGCAUUAGAGAAAAGUCAAGAAGCAAUUGAAAUUACAAGUGAAGACCACAUUAUACAGUAUGCAAAUCCUGCAUUUGAAACAACAAUGGGCUAUCAGUCAGGUGAAUUAAUAGGGAAGGAAUUAGCAGAAGUGCCUAUAAAUGAAAAAAAGGCUGAUUUGCUCGAUACUAUAAAUUCAUGCAUCAAGAUAGGCAAGGAGUGGCAAGGAAUUUACUAUGCCAAAAAGAAAAACGGAGAUAACGUACAACAAAAUGUGAAGAUAAUACCUGUCAUUGGACAGGGAGGAAAAAUUAGACACUAUGUGUCCAUUAUCAGAGUGUGCAAUGGCAACAAUAAGGCUGAGAAAAUAACUGAAUGUGUUCAGUCUGACAGUCGUACAGAUAAUCAGUCAGGGAAAUAUAAAGACAGGAGAAAAAGCUCCCUAGAUGUCAGAGCUGUUGCCUCUCGAGCAAGUGAAGUUGCCAGCCAGAGACGACACUCCUCCAUGGCCCGGAUACAUUCCAUGACAAUUGAGGCGCCCAUCACCAAGGUAAUCAAUAUUAUCAAUGCUGCCCAGGAAAGCAGUCCCAUGCCUGUGACAGAAGCCUUAGACCGUGUGCUGGAAAUUCUAAGAACCACUGAAUUAUAUUCGCCACAGUUUGGUGCUAAGGAUGAUGAUCCUCAUGCCAAUGACCUCGUUGGAGGCUUGAUGUCUGAUGGUUUGCGAAGACUGUCUGGGAAUGAAUAUGUUCUUUCAACAAAACAUCUUCAACAGGUUUCAAACAGUAUAAUCACUCCCAUCUCUCUUCACGAUGUCCCACCACGGAUAGCUCGGGCCAUGGAAAAUGAGGAACACUGGGACUUUGAUAUUUUUGAACUAGAGGCUGCCACUCAUCAAAGGCCUUUGAUUUAUCUUGGUCUCAAAAUAUUCGCUCGCUUUGGAAUCUGUGAAUUUUUAAACUGCUCCGAGACAACGCUGAGAUCUUGGUUACAAAUUAUUGAAGCCAAUUAUCAUUCUUCUAACCCCUACCACAAUUCUACACAUUCUGCUGAUGUCCUUCAUGCCACUGCCUAUUUUCUCUGCAAAGAGAGGAUAAAGCAAACUUUAGAUCCGGUUGAUGAGGUAGCCGCCCUCAUCGCAGCCACUGUUCACGAUGUGGACCACCCUGGGAGAACCAACUCCUUCCUGUGUAAUGCUGGCAGUGAGCUGGCCAUUUUGUAUAAUGACACUGCUGUGCUGGAGAGCCACCAUGCGGCCUUGGCCUUCCAGCUGACCACUAGAGAUGACAAAUGCAAUAUCUUUAAAAACUUGGAGAGGAAUGACUAUCGGACCCUGCGCCAGGGUAUUAUCGACAUGGUCUUAGCCACAGAAAUGACAAAGCACUUCGAGCAUGUCAACAAAUUUGUCAACAGCAUCAACAAGCCCUUGGCAACACUAGAAAAAAAUGGGGAAACUGAUAAAGAUCAAGAAGCCAUAAACACUAUGCUCAGGACUCCAGAGAACCGGACUCUGAUCAAACGAAUGCUGAUUAAGUGUGCUGAUGUGUCCAAUCCCUGCCGCCCCCUAGAACAGUGCAUUGAGUGGGCUGCACGCAUCUCAGAAGAAUAUUUUUCUCAGACUGAUGAAGAGAAGCAGAAGGACUUACCUGUGGUGAUGCCAGUUUUUGACAGAAAUACCUGCAGCAUCCCCAAAUCCCAAAUCUCUUUCAUUGACUACUUCAUCACAGACAUGUUUGAUGCUUGGGACGCCUUUGUAGACCUGCCUGAGUUAAUGCAGCAUCUUGACAACAACUUUAAAUACUGGAAACGACUCGACGAGAUGAAGCUGCGGAGCCUCCGCCCACCUCCUGAAUAGUUCGUGACACCCCCUGGGGCCCUGAAGCUUUGUCCCUCGGUCAUUUGAAUUCCUGAGGGCAGCCAGAGUCCCUUGGUCCUUUCAGUAUUAGGCAGAACAGUCCCCAGGUCUGCACAGCCUGUGAAAGCACACGGGGACCUUGGUAACCUUCUGUAGCCACCAUCUGAUGCCAUUGCCAUAAAGUGAGACCCAGUCCACUGUACCUGGGCCUGCUGCAGGGGCUCUUCAGGUCACCUGAGGACCAUGGUUUGUAUUAACUUUUGUUAAAACACAAGCGUGGGAGUGCCCCUGCAAAGGACAUUGACGUAUUUCCUGCCAGUGACAGAGAAUGUCUUGUUGCAAACAAUUUCUCUCAAUUAUUUUCAGCACUUAAGAACAGCUAAUGGCAAUCGGAUCUUUAGCAACUUUUUCCACAUCAUAGAAGGUGCAAUCACUUGCUCUGGAACACUACUGAAAGUGACUUCUCUUUUAAGAUUGAGUAGCAAAUGAAAAAUACAAAGAAAUUUUGAAGUUGAUUAUUAAUAUCAAUUAUUAAAAUGUUUUAUUUAUUUUAUUAGAAGUUCAAUAUUUUCUAUGAAUUUAAAAAUACUUCAAAGCCAAAGCCAACUCUAAAUGCCAUGACCAAAUUUACAUGAUUCAUAUGCAUUACAUAUGUAUCACUUGGUGUACACACUUAUUUUCAUAAUGCAAAUUAAAAAUAUAAAUGAGACAUUUUUACUGCACUACAGAAAUAUUUGUGUAUGUUAAACUUUUCUGAUUGACGCUAAUUGGGAAAAGCUGUUUUGUGGGUGGGUCUGACUCUAGAGAGCUCAAGGAGACGGGCUCCUUCUGUGUAGAAACCAGAGCUCUGAGCCCUCCAGUCAUCUGAUGGGCUUCGCAGGUGCCUCCCCAGAGUAAAAGAAAUUUGGAGUUAACACUUUUUUCCUAAAUUUUUAUAACUGAAUUUCCAAAAGUCUACCUUAUUUUAUAGUGUUUCUAUAAAAUAUUCCCUAUAAAAAUGGAGUGAAAACGGAAUAUUUAGUGAAUUGACAUUUUAUAACCAAUCUGUUUUCAUCUGCAGUGGGAAUCUUUGAUUCCAGAAAUUUACAAAGGUUCCAUACCUUCACAUUUUGAUUAAGUGUAGUACCAUAAAAAAUGAUGACAUGUCAAAGUGCUUGUCAUUUCAUUUUAAACUUGUAUUUUUUUUUCCAAAUAAAAAUGAAAUUAAACUAUUUUUAAGAAA